AUGGACGAAGAAGGAUCAGUCCCGUUUGCGGCGCCCACCAGACAGGCAGCCGCCAACAUUGACGGCAUCAAAACCGACGUCAUGUCAAUCUCCUUCGCCGACAAGAUCAUGAUCACAAUUACACAAAACGGCAGACUGGCUCAAUGGGUCACCGUCCCCCUCCUGAGCGACAACCCAACCGACUCCGACCCGUACUUUCAAACAAUCAGGUCCGAGGACGACGCACUCCUCCCAUCAGCACGCUUCGCACCACGCACGCUGCUUGGCGCCGGCGGCUCCGAGCGCGAGAUGAUGGGCCAGCUGUUCGCCUCACAAAUUGCACACGCCAUCACGACCAAAACACCGACGGAAAGCAGGGCGCUGAUGUUGGGUUUGGGGUUGGCGAAGGUCGAUACGGAUCGAGACUACUUCCUGCAGGUCGUGGAUCUGGUGUUGAAUGUUAUAUGA